UUAAAUUUCUCCCUACACGGAGUCCUCACCAAAAUCCUCCACCGAUUUUCGAUCCUGUUCCGGUGCUCCGACAGCGCCGCCGCGCCGUCCAACCACCGCGUCCUCGCCGCCCGGCGCCCGCCGUCUACCAUCCUCCUUGACACCAUGCUCUUCGGGCCGGCGUUGAACUGCUGCUGAGCUGAACAACCACCCCUGCCGCGGGGCUCCACCUCCACCGCGGCCGCCGCCGCCGAGAGGUUUUUCGCCUGGUAUGGCGGCGGGGCCGGCGGGAGCGGGGAUCGUGUGGCAGACGCCGUCCAACCCUCCGGAGCGGCAGGACUACAUCUUCCGCAACGGGCGGCGCUACGUGAGACCCUACUACUUCGAGUUUAUCUCCCAUGUGAAAAACAGAUGGGCUGGGAAGACUAUUGUUGACCUCUUCACUGAUGAGUUCAAGGGCCGGCCACGUGAAUACUAUGUUCGUGCAGUGAACUGUGGGAGGCUUCAGGUGGAUGAUCAAAUGGUUCACACAGACUAUAUUGUGCAAUCAUCACAAAAAAUAAGCCAUUUCUUGCACAGGCACGAACCACCAGUUUUGGGUGGUGACAUUACAAUCCUUCAAAAUGAGGUUGAUGUUGUGACAGUUUGCAAACCUGCAUCAGUUCCAGUUCAUCCAUGUGGUCAGUACCGUAAGAAUACUGUGGUCGGCAUUCUUCAAGCUGAGCAUGGAUUGGCGUCCCUAUUCCCUGUGCAUCGGUUAGAUCGGUUAGUCUCAGGUCUCCUUAUAUUUGCUAAAAAUGCUGAUAAAGCUGAAAGUUUCAGACAGCAGAUUGAAACUAGUUUGCUGCAGAAAGAAUAUGUAGCCAAGGUUGUUGGGGUGUUUCCUGAUGGUGAGCAAAUCGUUGAUGCAAAUGUACACUUCAAUGCACGGGAAGGAAGGAGCACUGCAGAGGUUUGUGAUGGUAAUGGCAAAGCCCCAAUUGGAAAACAAGCUUGCACCAAGUUUCAGAGGAUUUGUACUGAUGGGACCCACAGCAUUGUCUUGUGCAAACCUGUGACUGGCCGAACUCAUCAGAUAAGGGUACAUCUGAAACACAUUGGUUACCCAAUAGCUAAUGACGAGGUGUACCUUUCGGAGAAUUUUUCUCCACGUUCAUCAAAAGGAACAAGAAUCAACAGAGCAACCACACUAGCUUGUUCAUUGCCAUCUUCAGAACCUGACAGCUGUGCUGAUGUUGGCAACAAAGAUACAGAAGUUGGUGAGGAAUUCAGCAUCGAUCCGAUGUGUACGAACUGCCCAAAUCUUGCUCCACUAGGCUAUGAUGCAGAUGAGGAGGGAUUGUGGCUGCACUGUGUGCGAUAUACUGGACCUGAUUGGAGCUACGAAUGCCCAUAUCCUGAUUGGGUUUUCCUUGAUAAUGUCUCGGGGAAGAAGUUGAAAUCAUAAUCUAACAUUAUCAUUCGUGGAUACCGGUACGGUCAGCCUGCCUACCUGAAUGGCUGAAAUUUUGCCAACUUUAUGAUUUAUUUCAUAUGUAUUCUGUUGCAUUUUCUAGCAAGAAGCCCUAGAAUCUAGAUAGUGUUGUAUCCUUGUUUUUAUCGUACCUCCCUUUCUCCAAAGCUUGCAUGCUUCAAUAUAUUAUUAUCUCCGUCCCAUAAUAAGUGUAGCCUUGUUUAUAUUAUUAUCUCCGUCCCAUGAUAAGUGUAGCCUUGUAGUUCAACUGCAGAGCUGCACUUAUUAUGAGACGGAGAUAAUAACUUUUUAAGAUGUUAAAUAUGGAUUAUCUCUAGAAAUCUAAAUAUUACUGAAUUCAU